UCAGAGAAAAUGUAUCAAUUGAAGAUUAAACUGUGAAAAGUAAUUAAGUGAUUUUUAUAUUCGUUCAAACUUAUAAAAUCAACUAAUCAUAAAAAAGUUAAAAUGCAAUUAGAUAAAUCCGUAUCGUAUUUCUUUUUGAUGGCAAUUAUCGCUAUCGUUGGUUUCAUUAUGACUGUGUCUGUUUCAGCUGCAACAUCAGGUUCUUCAGCCACUUCAGGUUCUUCAGCCAUUUCGAGUUCUUCAGCCACUUCAGGUUCUUCAGCCAUUUCGAGUUCUUCAGCCACUUCAGGUUCUUCAGCCAUUUCGAGUUCUUCAGCCACUUCAGGUUCUUCGUCCGCUCCAGGUUCUCCAUCCGCUCCAGGUUCACCAGCCGCUCCAGGUUCUCCAUCCGCUCCAGUCGCUCCAGGCAUUCAAAAUGCUAAAGCUUCUUUAUCUCUUUGUAUACCAAGUCUCAAUGUUGAUUUAAAUCUAUUUAACAUCCUUGAUCUGCUAAGCGAAGAACAGAUUCUUAAUCUAACCCCUUAUUGUAUAAAACUACUACUAACUCUCAAUGGUGUUGAUUGCAGCGGAUUUACAGAUGAAUAUCUUCAUGCACAUGCUCUUGAAUUACUGAUACAUGCUAAUAAAGGAUCGAAACAGAGGAUCGUAGGAUUGUUAAGAUGAUAGUGUUCAUUGAAUUAACAUUCAUGCAGUUAUUCAUUGAUAAGAUUCUCGGCCUCGCUUCUUAUCCAUGAAUAUAUACAAUGUAGUGAUCUAACAUGAGUUGUACAAUUUCAUUACAAUUAACACAUACUGAUUAAAAUAAAAAAAUAAAAUUAA